GAUUUGUUAUUGUAAUUUAAAAAAUUGUGUGGUUGUGCUGGGAAGUUAUUUUAUGAUUAGAAAUAAAUUUACUUACCCAUAUUGAAAAAAUAAAUAGCCAUGUAAAUUCAAUGCUAUAAUAUUACAAAAUUAUAUGAAAAAUAUUUAACUCAGUAAUAUUAUAAUUACUUUUAAAAUUAUUUUCAAAGAGUUGGUUUAGAAAUUCAUUCAGGUUUUAGGGAAUCAAUCUACGCCAACUUGAGGCGAUUAAUGAAUUCAAUCUUUGAAAAAAAAAAGAGAAUUUCUCCGUUAAAAAAAAGUCUGGGUCUCUAAGUCUGACUUUUGUUUAUGUUCAAAUCCAUUGCAUUUCUUUAUAAAAUUAUUAAAAAGGAGAAUGCAAAAUUCUACAAUUAUUGGGUUAGUUGAGCACUGAUGUGAGCAAUGACAACAUUUGAAAGGUUCACAUGUUCCACAACGAAAUGAAAUAUUGCAAUAUAAAAUGCUUGCCUAGGCCUCACAUUGAGAGGCAUCUACUAUCUACAUUUUUCUCCUCAAUUUCUGCAAUAAUGGCCGAGGCUGACCAUCUAAUUCUAUUGGAGUGGUACCCUAGUUCUUUCGCAGCAAGGGUGAGGAUAGCCUUGGCUGAAAAGGGAUUAAAGUAUGUGUCCAGACCAGAGGAUUUAAUCAACAAGAGCCCUCUUCUUUUGAAGAUGAACCCAGUUAACAAGCAAAUCCCAGUCUUGAUCCAUAAUGGCAGACCCAUUUGCGACUCAAUGGUAAUAGUACAAUACAUUGAUGAGGUUUGGAACCACAAGUCUCCAUUGUUGCCCUCUGAUUCUUACCAACGAGCUCAUGCCAAGUUCUGGGCUGACUAUGUCGACAAGAAGAUUUUCGGUAUUGGAGCUUCGAAGAAGGAGCUAAUUGAGUGCUUUAAAAUAUUGGAGGAAGAGCUUGGAGACAAGCCAUACUUUGGAGGUGAAAGUUACGGUUACGUUCAUUUAUCACUCAUUCCAUGCUAUAGCUCCUUCUACACAUACGAGACGUUGGGAAAGUUGAGCAUGGCAGAGGAGUGCCCUAAGAUCGUAGACUGGGCUAACAGAUGCUUGCAAAAGGAGAGUGUGUCCAAGUCUCUAUGUGAUCAGAGCAAGUUCCACGAAAUUAUCUUGGAGAUAAGCAGGGGCGGACCUACUUGGAGUUCUGUCCAAAAAUUCUUAAACAAACUUGAUCAACUACAUAAUUCAUAAAUAUAUUUAUAUAAUUAUAAAUAAAUAUGUAAUUUAAUUUCAAAUUUCUUUAAAUUAUGAACGAUUUGUCAGAAUUUUAUUCACUAAUAUAGUCUACAAUUAUAUCAUAAAUAUAAUAAUUUCUUGAUUCAGCAAAUCAA